UCUGUAGACUUACAGUGCAGUGCUAAACCCAUCGUAACUAGUAAAGAGAUUGAACAUUUCGGAUUUAAAAGUGAAAAUUCAGUUAUGAAACGAGUUUUUUUUAUACAUGGUGAAUUUUUUUAUUAAUUAUGCAUCAAAACUUUGAAACUAAUCCACGUUUAAAAAAGAUCCAAUUAUAAAGUAUUAGCUUAAUAUCAGCGGAAGUAUCGGUUUUUUAAAUAAGGUAGCUGAAUAGUAUCGCUAUGGUUAUCAGUGAAGCAAACGUUCAUAACAUUAUGGGGGGUAUGGAGAGUGCAGGGGGUGUGAGGCUUCACAAUCACAAGCGCAAACUAAAGCAAAGAUUUUCAAUCAUCAAGAAACUUGGCCAAGGUACUUAUGGCAAAGUUCAACUGGGAAUCAACAAAGAGACCGGACAAGAGGUUGCUAUCAAAACAAUCAAAAAAUGUAAGAUCGAAACCGAAGCCGAUCUCGUGCGAAUAAGGCGUGAAAUUCAAAUCAUGUCGAGCGUGCACCACCCUAACAUCAUACACAUAUAUGAAGUGUUCGAAAAUCGGGAAAAAAUGGUUCUCGUCAUGGAGUACGCCGCGGGAGGCGAACUCUACGACUAUCUCAGCGAGCACAAAGUUCUGACCGAAGUGGAGGCUCGGCGUAUUUUUCGACAAAUAUCCACCGCUAUAUUUUACUGUCACAAGCAUAAAAUCUGUCAUCGAGAUUUAAAACUGGAAAAUAUCUUGUUGGACCAGAACGGCAAUGCGAAAAUCGCUGACUUUGGACUGUCCAAUGUUUUCAACGAGCAAGGAUUGCUCAGUACCUUUUGUGGAAGUCCUCUGUACGCCAGUCCGGAAAUCGUCAACGGCACGCCCUAUCUGGGGCCAGAAGUCGAUUGCUGGAGUCUCGGUGUUCUUUUGUAUACCCUCGUUUACGGAGCCAUGCCUUUCGACGGUACCAACUUUAAACAUCUAGUCAAACAAAUAACUUAUUCGGAUUAUUUCGAGCCGAAGCAGCCGUCUCGAGCAUCGCCACUGAUCAAAGACAUGCUGACGGUCUCCCCAACGCAGCGCGCCGAUAUCGAGCGCAUCUGCUCACACUGGUGGGUCAACGAGGGCUACGAGCAGAGCUGCCUCUACAUCGCCGAGAAUCUGGCCGCGCAGACACCCGUGCGCCUCGAUCUGCUGCUGUCGCUGGUACCGGAGCAACAAUUGGUCAAACCUCAGGAACAGGUCGAGGCGCUCCCCGCCGCAGCGAACGAAACGUCGUCGCUGAACAACAACAACAAUAAUAAUAAGCUGGCCGACGCCGCCGCCGUUGUUCCGCCCGCGUCGCGCUGCUACUCCCAGGAGCGCCUCAUGCAGGUCGACAAGAUGGGCGGUUGGACUCUGCCCAAAGCCAGCCAUCGGGAGAAAAAAGUGGAGGCGCCGGUGGUCGGUGAAGGGCUUCCGAAGAUCGACGAUUCGACCAAAGAAGAGCAGGGAAAAAUUGCGCCUAAGGUGGACAACGAUGCGCGACGACCUCGUCCGUACAAGAAAGCAACCAAGCAUCAUUCGGCACCUAUUUAUGGUUCCAGUGAUGAGAAAUUGUACGCCAGUGUGCCCGUAAAAAUUUUCCGAGAAAAAGUUAUCACCGACGCGAAAAAUGAAAUGCCAAGUGCAGAUGAUACGCGACAAGCGAUCAAACUCGACGAUUCAUCCGAUAAAUCUCUAAGAAAGUUGCAAAGUAACGAUACCAUCGCUACGAAACCCGAAGCGAUGUCUUUGAAUGCAGACGCAAAGGAACCAGUGAAAUCGGCAUCGAUAGCACCGUCGCCAUCGAGAAAGCAGUUCCUGCACUUGACGGACCCCAAUAAAUUGGUCACGAAACCCCAGCCCACAGUGAAAACGGAGGAAGAGAGUCCCAGAAUCGUUAAACUCGUCGAUAAGGCUCAAGCAGCGGACGACAAGCAGCAGAACAAGGAGAAGAAGAGCCUCUCUCCGGAAAAGUUGUCGAAGGCGCCGAAGAAACUCAGGAUCAAGGCUCUCUCGCUGGACUCGGAGAUGGCGACGAAGAUCGAGCCGAUCGUCGCGCACAAGCCGCCCACCACCACCGAGCGCCGCAGAUCCAAGAUCUUCGAGACCGCCGAGAAGUUCAAUCAGCUGCUGCUCUCGUCGUCGACGACGAGCUCGGCCGAGAGCGAUCAGAAACCGGCGAAAAAAUUAUUCAUUCCAGGCGUGAACGUGGAGGGCGCCAAGGCGGCCUUCGAGCGCAAGGCCAGUCUAUCGUCCACGCAGAUACCCCAGACGCUGAAACCCGCGGUGACCAAGAUCAUCAUCGACGUGCCCCAGCAACAGCAGUGCGAGCUGAACAAAAUCGACAGUUCGAGAUCGGAGGAUCACGUGUACGAUCGCGAGGAGGAGAAGCGCCGAGCCGUCAACAUCAUCACGGGGGCCCUCGGCAAGCCUCCCAUGCAGCGCAAAUACAGCGCCGGUUCGUUGUUGGCUUCGUCGGAUAGCAAUAACAAGAUCACGAAGCCGGAGGAGUUCAAGAUUCCGAUCGAGAUCGCCGCGGAGACGACGAGCAGUAGUCGCGCGACGACGAUGAAUCGAUCCCUGUCGACGACCGACAAGAAGUUCCAAUUGGAGAAUAGCAAAGCGGAGUUGGGCAGUUCGAGCGCGUCCGGUGGAGCAUCGGAGCCGAGCAACUCGAAGAGCGCGACGUUACCUCGACUUCGCAAAACCAGCAAAGCGAAGAUAACGCUCACGAGCGUACCGAGUCCGGACCACCUGUCGUCGUCCAACGUACGCUCGAGUUUCGACAUCGGCUCGAAGCUCGGUCAGCAGCAUCAGCCGCCGAGUCAUCGUUCCGAAAUGUUCUUCCCGAUAAAUUCGCACUCGAGGAGCGGCUUCGUUUCGGCCACGGGACCCGAGCCCAUACGCAAGAGCCCGCGCGAAUUCAUCAUUCCCAUCUCGAUGGAGGACAGAACUUACGCGAAUGAUUCGCGCAACGACGACAGCAGCGCCAAGUCAGAGCCGCCACCGACGAUGCCCAAAAAUCCGGGCCACAAUCGUAUCCUGCGCUCGCACCAAGUCAACACGCUGCUGUCGGACGCUAGCGGCAAGGACGACGACGACGACGAGCCCUCGCUUUUCCCCGGCUUCUCCAAGAAGAACGACGAGUUUCUGCAGAAUCACUUGCACCGGCUGCGCAGCUCGAGGCCGCGCUACGCCACCCUCGAGCACGAGGACAGCCUGUCCUCGGGCGAGGACGACGACGACGACGGCUUCGAAUUUCUCACGGCCGAGAAUCUCUUUUCCACUCUGUUGUCGCGCGUGCGCAAUCUCACUCAGAGGCUUAACAUAAAUGACAAUGCGAGCGAUUCGAUUUUUCCGAGCGGCAGGCUCCUUAGUAGAAUCGGUUCCAACUCUUCUCAGGACUUUUGGAACAGGUACGAAUCUUCAAAAAAUUCAUUCAAGGAUUUGUCGAAGCUGGUGUAAAGAGUAAAUGCAAUUUUUUUGAUAUCAAACUUUUGUCGUUGGCUUUUUCUUUUUUGAAAAAGCCAAGUAUAGUAUAUUACAUAUGAACAUUUUUUUUUAUCGAAAAAGAGCUACUUUAAGCAAACCAAGAGGCUUUCUUUUCAAGACUCCAUCCUGUAAAAAGUGAUAUUUUUUAUUGGAACCCAAGGAUGGAAGUGUCACAUUCGGUAGCCUCGAUACGAUAAAGGUUUGCUAUCUUUGCCGAAAGUAACAUUUUCGGGGGCUCUUCAUUUUUUCGGCCUAGUUAUGCAAUAUACUAUAUGACGCAUGAGCAAAUGGUUCAUUAAAAAAGAAAAAAAAUAUUUGGAAAAAAGCCGACCAAAGGUCCGACCAAUUUUUGAAUUUUUUUAAUAUAAAAAUCUAAAUAUCUAAAUACUCUGGCUCCGACAUUUCUCAAGUUUAAAUAAUUAUUAAAUUAAUUGUUCCUAACUUUGUCAGUCCUGUUUUUAUCUUAGUAUAAAAUAAGUUAAAAAUCCUUUCAUACGCUAUCUCACUUGAGAAAUUAUAUAUAAAAUAUUUAUUGAUUAUUGUAAGUAAAUUAUCUUAAAAAGUCCUUUCAAAUAAAGGUUUGAGGUGCAUCUAUUAUUUUAAUAAAUUCAUAAAACAUGUUUUAUCUUGAAACUAUGGAAACAUUUUGUUAUAGAUAAAAGUUAAAAAUAGUUGAGAUGCUGAACGAAAGUAAUAGAUUGUUAUGAAAAAUUGAACUUAAAUAUUGCGAUUGUCUACUUUAUGAUAGUUAUAUAUGGUAUAAAAAAUACCUUGCGUGUCCCCGGGAAUUUUGCUUGUCAACAUGAUGAGUUUUUUACAUAUAUUUGUUUCUAGCUAUGAAAUAAUAUUUUUUAUGACAAAUCGAAAACAGACUAAACACAUUUUAGAAACAGAUUUAAUACAUCACUUGUAAUAAAAAUCGUCUACAUGAUUAUAAAUUAUCAAACUUUUACUCUCGAAGUGUAACUAAAUAUUCAUACACGAAACAGUAAACAAAGGAAAAAACCAACGGCUAAUUAAAUUUAAAAAAAAUAUAAUCAUUGAGAGUAAAUCUUAACAUCUAACGCCAUACAACAUUAAAUAUGUUCAACAGAA